UAUGUCAAAAUUUUACAAUGCCAUCGUAUUUACAAAAGAUCUACUGAACAUCUUCAUAUCUCAAGACACAGACUGGCAAAAAAUGAUGUUUCUUCUAUUUUGUUUUCUUUGUUUCUUGUCACCUUAUUCGGGAUUUCUUAUUCUCCCGGACACCAGUAACGGGUAUAAACUGCCAGGAUAUAGCAGUCUGUUACCCGGCGGAAAUUAUUCUCUGACAAAUCUCUACGCAAAUUACCUGCAAACCGUAGGCGACAGUUACAAGCUGCUCGGGUCGUUGCUGAGUGGAGGGAACUUGGGUACUAGUAACUCCGGAGGAGGCGGUCUUUCGAGUUUGCCGGGAAUGAACUUGCUCAAUGGAGGAAAUAAUUUGCCCGGAAUGGGUUCGCUGACUGGCUCUAGCGGAGGGACUGCUGCAAAGUUAGAGCAAUAUAACGUUGAUCGGAGACAAAUAUCUGUAUCUGGAAUUUCGGCUGGUGGAGCUAUGGCAACACAGAUCCACGUCAUCUUUUCCAAGGACAUCAUGGGUGUAGGUCUUAUUGCUGGCUUACCUUUCGGCUGUUCCAGUGGUAACAUGAUGACCGCCGUAACGACGUGUAUGACCAUGCCGUCAGGUGUGAGUGCAGCUAGUCUUGAAUCUAGAACUGAGACCGAGGCUGACCAUGGAGAGAUAGAUGCUGUCACAAACAUGGCUAAUGACAAGGUCUAUAUCCUAAAUGGUAGAGCUGAUACAACUGUAAACCCAGGAAUUGGACCAGUAAUAGAAUCUUACUAUGAACACUUUGUAUCAGAUCGUAGAAACGUCAAGACAAACUUCGACAUAAACUCUCAGCAUUGCAUGCCGACGGACAACUAUGGUGUGAAGUGUUCCCUGUCGGCGGCGGGCUCUCAUUACAUCAGUAACUGCAACUUCUCUGCAGCAUAUCAUCUACUCAAUCAUAUAUAUGGAGGUCAUCUAAAAAUGCCGACGACAGAGGAACAUGCCAAUGGAAAGCUGCUGAAGUUCAGCCAGUCAGAGUUCUUCCCAAGCUCCAGCCACGGUAGUAUGGACACUACAGGUUAUAUUUAUGUGCCGUCUGGUUGCAUGGACAAAGCUACAGAGUGUAAGCUGCACGUGGCGUUCCAUGGAUGCUUACAAGGACAGGAUUCUAUUGGUGACGUGUUUGUCCGGCACAGCGGCUACAAUGAAGUUGGAGAACUGAACAACAUCAUCAUCCUAUAUCCACAAGCUGUAAAAUCUACCAUGAACCCAAUGAAUCCAAAUGGUUGUUGGGACUGGUGGGGGUAUACUGGACAAACAUUUGACAAGAAGAGUGGGUUCCAGCCUACCGCUAUUAAGACGAUGAUCGACAGGAUUACAGGAUAGAUUCACACAAGUUUAUCUUUGUAUCGAGUCUUACAUACGAAAAAUGAAAAUAAAAAUGCUUUCAUAUA